AUGCUGUUUGCUUCUGUCCUAUCUAUAUUAGCAUUUUACUCUGAAAACGAAUGUUUGCUUGUUCUGAAUGCAUGGACAUUUUUUUCAAUUUCAUUCGUAAUUUCCGUGAGUGUCUUUUAUGUCUUCAAAGAACAAGGCUCAUUUAACGAUGAGAACAUCGACAAGACGAAAUUGUCUCUAGGGAACAUUAUCCAAAGAAACUAUGGAGAAGAGCAUCAUCAUCUUCAAUUAUCCUUGAGUUCGUUUCAAUCAACGUAUCAGUGUUGUGGAUUGAACGGCGUUGAAGUGAAUCGUAAUGAUUGGACUCAAUCCACGUUUUUCCUGUCACAGUUGCAGUACCCUCGUGAUCGUGUGCCUCUAAGUUGCUGUAAAACAUGUGAAUCAUUACAAAAAGAAUGUGGAAAAAAUGUUGAACCCACAGAAGAAUGCACUAAAGCUUUACCGCUCUGUUCACUCACCAAAUUUGAAUAUGUUCAUCGUGAUGCUUGUCUAGGUCACAGCGUGGCAGAGAACUUAACAAUGUCGAUGUAUUUAAACACUAAUGGCUGCUUCAAUGUGAUGUACAACUCUAUUUCUUCUUAUUUGGACAACCAAUUCUAUUUAGGAUGGUCUCUUAUAAUUCUGACGACUUUGCAAUUUUUCUUACUCAUCUCAAUGUUUUCAAUUUUGAAAAAUGUUUCAAGUUUGAAUGAAUAUUGA